UUUGUUGUUGUUGUUGUGGCGACCGAAGGUAUCCGAAAUACGUGUGAACAUGUGAAAAAGAAAAACACAAAUGUUCGAGUGUAUUUGUUAAAAACUACAGCAAUGAGGGAUACUCCACUAUCAAAUUGUGAACGAGAGUUCAUCAAGAAGGCAAUCAGUGAAAAAAGGAGAAUAGACGGACGCCAAGCCUUUGACUACAGGCACAUGAAAAUUAGUUUUGGGUUAGAAAGAGGAUGCUGCCAAGUAGAAAUUGGAGAAACUAGGGUGAUGAGCCAGGUGUCCUGCCAGGUAGGUGAGCCCAAGCAAGCAAGGCCUGCAGACGGAACGCUCUUCAUCAACGUGGAGUUGUCUCCCAUGGCGUGUCCAAGCUUUGAGCCAGGAAGACUUUCUGACUUUGGUGUGGAGAUCAACCGUCUACUGGAAAGGUGUUUGAAGGAAUCACGAUGCAUCGACACAGAGUCCUUGUGUAUUGUAACAGGAGAAAAGGUGUGGGAGAUACGUGUAGAUGUUCAUGUUCUAAACCAUGAUGGCAACCUAGUGGAUGCCUGUAGCAUAGCCGCCAUAGCUGCACUUGCUCACUUUAGAAGACCUGAUGUGACAGUAUCAGGUGAAGAAAUUACUAUUCACCCAGCCUCCGAGAGGGAUCUAGUGCCCCUCAGUGUACAUCAUAUGCCUAUCUGUGUUUCCUUCGCUUUCUUUGAGCAAGGGAAGUUCCUACUGGUUGACCCAGUUGACCUUGAGGAGAAGGUGAUGGAGGGACGGAUGGUAAUCGCUAUGAACAAACAUCGCGAGAUAUGUACACUGCAGGUCACUGGGCAGAUGUUACUGCUAAAAGACCAGGUGCUGAGGUGUUCCAAUAUUGCAGUGGUGAAAGUGGCAGAGAUUACAGAGCUUAUCCAUAAGGCACUGGAGAACGACCGACAAGAAAGAUUUAAGGGUGGCAAGUUUGGAUUUGCCGAGUCUGUAUCAUUGGACAAGGUGACAGCCAAUCAGAAGAUAGCGGAGCCUGUUGACAUGACAACCCUGGAUGCACAGAGGGCGGCCUCGUACCUAGAGGGGUCAGAGUCCAGUGACAUGGACAGCAGCAUUGUGUCAUCAGAAGAGGAUGAAAACUCAGUUGUGAUUUUGGACAAGGGUGUAGGGGGUAUAGGGCUGGGAGGUGUCAGCAGAUGGAACGUGGAUGAAGAGAUGGAGGAGUUGGCAGGAGAACAGCAGACAACACAGACAGGACAGAAAGUCAAGCAGACACACAUGGUUGCAGACCAUGGAAGCUCCAGUGAGGAGGAGACUACAGAGGUGCUAGGCAACCAGGCAACCAAUCAGAAACAAAAAGACAAAGAGGCUAGUGUAAGGAAGAAAGAGAAGAAAUGAUGUAUUAUUGUUAACAUUCUGUCAAUAAAUGCUUUUUAUUAAA